AUGGCCUCGGCCCAAGAGACCGCCGAAAGGGCUGCAUCCGAUCUCAAAUGCGUCAUGUAUCUCACUGGCCAACACCCAAACGUCCCCUCUAGAGAGCUUGUGUCUCACAUCACGCACGUGGAGCUGGCUUUCAUGAACUCGGACACCUUCAACAAGGACGUGGCCGAGUGGCCCCUCUUCACCACCGUCGAUAAGGUCCGUACUCAGUUCAUGCCGGGCACCAAGGUUAUGGUCGCCAUUGGCGGCUGGAGUGACACCAAGGGCUUCGAUACCGCCGCCCGCACCCCGGAGUCGCGAAGGAAGUGGGCCCAGAAUGUUGCCGACAUGGUCAAGGCAACCGGUGCUGACGGUAUUGAUAUGGAUUGGGACUACAAGGUUGAGAACAGCACCAACGAGAAGAAGAAGUGGGAGAUUGAGGCAUACCCCUUGCUGCUUGAGGAGGUCCGCAGGCAGCUCCCCAAGGGCAAGCUCAUCUCGGCCGCGACUCCAGGUCUUGAACGCGACAUGAUUGCCUUCACCAAGGAGACGGUCCCUCGUAUCGUCCGCAGUCUCGACUUUGUCAAUGUCAUGACCUACGACAUGAUGAACCGCCGCGAUAAUGUGACCAAGCACCACACAGGCAUGGAGCUGUCCAGAAUUGCUGUCGAUAACUACAUGGCCAGAGGAGUACCGGCUCACAAGAUCAAUCUCGGCUUCGCCUUUUACACCAAGUGGUUCAAGACGACGGAUUGCCCCGAGGGCAAAGAGGUUGGAUGCCCGACACCACUCAUGGAGGAUCCCGUUACGGGCGGGGAUCUGGGCCAGACGGGAGGCUUUAGCUGGAACGAUGGGGUUCAAGAAGACGUAAAAGCCUCUUUCGAGAGAGCUCAGAAGGAAGGCAAGUAUGACAAGGAGGGCGGAGGCUACUACUACCUUGACAGGGCCGAGAAGCGGUUCUGGACAUACGAUACCCCCGAUGCCAUCCUGCGCAAAUUCCCCGCCCUCGUCGACGAUAAAAGACUCGGUGGCGUAUUCGCUUGGGGCCUGGGCGAGGACGGCCCUGAGUACAACAACCUCAAGGCGGUCAACAAAGGUCUGGCAGAGCGCAGGGGUAGAGGAAGCUUCCCCUGGGGCCCUGGCCCUCACGAGGCUGAUGAGCUGUAGGUGACCCCUAGGCAGAGCCAGCAAAGCUUUGCCAUCACUUUCUGUGUCAAUGUGUGAACAACCAGACUCACUGCCGGGUUGCGCAUAGUGCCAAUCGUGCACCGUAG